CGCACUCUUGAUGCGUUUACUUUUCAACAAAACAACUGAAUGGAUUCGUCGUUCACGAAACAAGGUGUUAAUGAUAAGGUUAACUAUAUAUUGAUUUCUUGAAGACUACGUUGGUGCAACAUUCAUGGUGACUCGAUAAGCUGUUAGAAUAAGACACCAUUCAUCCUCAAAACUUCAAAAUGUCACUUUCUGUAACUUCGAGGUGGAUCGUUCUUAUAAAAACUAUCGUGGUGGUGUCGGGAGUUACUCGUAGUACUCUCGAGAAGUCGUCGUACGUCGAGACGAAAACCAACUUCGUGCUACUACAUCACGUGUUUCAGAGUCUGAGGACUGCUUCAUUGAUGACAUGCGCGCAAAUGUGUCUGGGCAAGCCAAGAUGUCAAUCAUUUAAUUUCGAAACAAAUUUUCAAGCUGUAAACGCAGGUCUUUGUGAAUUGAAUGACUUUGCAAAUGAUGCGAUGUUAAUAUAUCAAAAGGGAUUUAUCCAUGGCUGGCUCACAGACUUGCAACUCCAAACCUUUUUGUUUACUAGUCUAGGAGCAAGUGGUUCAAAGGGACCCACAAAUACUACACAAUACUCGGGAUCAAACCUACAAGGGCAAGUACAACUUGUAAAGGGCACCCAAUUAUGGACGAUUCCACAAACUGGAAAAUACGUCAUCAAAGCUAACGGGGCUUCCGGUGGAAAUGGGACUAGCAGUGGGUGUGGAAGAUGGACAAAGGGUGGCAGAGGAGCCUCGAUUACUGGAACGUUUUCUUUGCAAAAGGGAAAUAAACUAAAAAUAAUCGUUGGACAGCAAGGAUUGACGCAGUUGAACUUCCCAGUCGCACCUGGGGGAGGAGGUGGUGGCACAUUUGUUACUCUAAGUGAUAACACACCAUUGAUAAUUGCCGCAGGGGGAGGAGGCGGGGGAGUUGCUUGCCGACAGCAGCUUGACGGUGAUCCUGGUCAGGCUGGUCCAAAUGGGACCCGUGGGGGUGGGAGUGGGGGGAGCGGUGGUAAGGUAGAAAAUUUAGACGCGAACUCACAAAUGCUAUCGAACAGUGGUGCAGGGUACACUGGAGAUGGAACUCAGUCAAGCAAUUCUGGGAAAAAUUCUAAAUCUUUCAUUCAUGGUGGGCACGGGGGAAGCGGUAUUAGUGAAACCGGAGGAUUUGGAGGAGGAGGCUAUGGCUGGACGCACGCAGGAGGAGGUGGUGGGUAUUCUGGAGGAGGAGUUAUCGGCAAUGAAACAUAUGGCGUCGCAGGGGGAGGGGGAUCAUUUAAUGGUGGAAGCUCACAAGAGAACGAGGUUGGAAUUAAUCAAGGUGACGGAAGAGUUAUCAUAAAAUACUUUUCUUGACUUUGAUCAGAGAGCCUAACUCCUGAUUGGCAUCAUGGCAUAGUAUCCAUAGUAGCUUUUGGUAGAAAACACUAUGACAUUUUAUUUGCAUGACAAUGCAGUCACGAUGACAUUGAAACGUCGUACUCUAUCAUCUUUAAUCUUUAUUCAGAAAAUUUUGCCGUGCGUUUUCACUCUAAAAAAUACACAGAUGACGUUAAAAUAUGAUGAGAAUAAAAAAGUACGUCACGAGGCGAAGUCGAGACACGUUACUGCUGUUAUCAAAUUUCUACUUCUUCUGUCUAUCUAUUAGAGUACAUGUCAUGAGAAGCACGGAAAGAGGGACUGUCUUUAUUUUAUGUAAUUUUUUCUCAUUUUUUGUUGGCUUAAUCAGGCGCGUAGCGUGGACUCUGGCUAGUACGCACAAGUCAUACAGGGACCGCGACACAUAUAUUAUGGGUUGGGGGAUUAACGACCGUCAAAUGCAGGAGUAUUAAGGGGGGUCUGGGGGUCCUCCCUAGGAAAUUUUGAAAUAAUAACUCUUUGAAAUGCAAUUUCCACCGUUUUUAGUUUUUUUUUUUUUUUUGGUAACGAAGCCUUGGUGCGACAGAGCACGCAAAGAUAAUUAUAUCAAAAAAUCCCUAAAAUUUUAAUAUUUCCUUGCUACUAGUACGCACUUGUGUAUAUGCGUAAAAGGACGCUACGCGCCUGUUAAUCUCAUGGAUGAACAAAAAUACAACAAAGAUCAGGCACUGAUUCUGACCAAUCAGAGAUCACGUAAUGAAUGACGUGUUUCGUGUGCGAAUGUUUUAAUAUUGAUAACACAUUUUGCUGUAUAUUUUGCAGCAUAUUGUCCUUAAUGUGACUUGCACAGCUGGUUAGGUCUGGUUAGACAUCUGAAUGACGUUACCCCUCUACCCUUGGGAUCACCCAUUGUACUGAUAUGUAAUACGUUUCCAUAGUGAUGAUGUGUAUAAGUUUUAAUGCAAAAAUAUAAUAAAAAACGUUAAGGCAGCGUGGUAAAGCAUACCCUGUUGUCAGUACAAAAAUAAUGUAAAGAAAUAGAGCAGACGUUGAUAUCACUGUAGCGAUUUGUAGACAGCAAGCUCUGCCUUUAGUCUUGCUACUUCAGCGUGCUCUUUA